UUGUUCACCCUCUCUUAGUUGUCUCGGAGGGGCUCCAUUAAAUGCGUCUGUAAACUUCUUUUCUCUCCACCGAGCUCAACACUCAGUCAAUCACUCGAACACUGAUCAAUCAUCAAUUGCGUCGUGUUCGGGGUGCCAACUCUUUUUGACUGGUUCGGCUCUGCCUAUUUCAUGUAAUAGAACUACUUUGCUUCAUAGUUCGCAGAAUCAGAAACUCCAAAUGCUCCUUUGAAAAAUCACUUCGCAAAAUCGAGAUCAUGGCGCACCGCAUUCGGACCAUCUGCUGCGCAAUGAUCGACGCAUCGGUUUGUUAGCUUUUUAAGUAGAAGUUGUAUUUUCAACCGCCGUGAAGAAAUAAGUAAACUAAGAUACUAAAGGAUAAAAACGAACGAAAAUGAUGACGAUGAGAAGAAGUCUCGCUUGCUGCACCCGGGACAGACGGGUCAGCUUCGAUUUUGAUGAGCAAGAUGGAAUAACGACUUAUAAUGGCCUUGAGAGUUGUAUUCUCAAUAAUCAAUCUUUUGAGAGUGAAAAUAGAACAAGCAGAGGUGAAGGGUGUGUCACAGACUCUUUGGAUGAUGAGGAGUCAAGCUGUUCUUCUAGCAAAGAUGCCUAUGGAUCAUGUUCUUCUAAAUGGAUGACUGGGAAGAGGGAUGAUCAAGGUUCAGAUGACUGGGAAAUCUCUGAAAGUCCCCAACAUUUUUAUGUCAAAGAAAAACGUUCUUAUGUCAUUCGACAUUCAGAUAUUGAGACAAUGAAAGAAAAAUUUGCAAAGCUGUUAUUGGGUGAAGAUGUUACUGGGGGACGUAUGGGUGUCACCAGUGCAUUAGCAUUGUCAAAUGCCAUAACCAAUCUUGCUGCCUCCGUCUUUGGGGAGUUGUGGAAAUUGGAGCCACUGCCAGAAGAAAGGAGAAGCAAAUGGCAAAGAGAGAUGGACUGGUUGCUCUCUCCAACAAACUAUAUGGUUGAGUUAGUUCCUGCAAAGCAAAAUGCUGGCAAUGGCCGAACCUUAGAGAUAAUGACUCCCAAGCCUCGUACAGACAUCCACAUAAAUCUUCCGGCACUUCAAAAGUUGGACUCAAUGCUUAUUGAGACGUUGGAUUCCAUGGUGAAUACGGAGUUUUGGUACGAAGAAGUAGGUAGCAGUGCAGAAGGAAGAAACAAGAGUACUAGAGAGAGCAAGAGAUGGCAGCUCCCAUUGCCCCAAGUACCAGCGACUGGGAUCUCUGACAUGGAGAGGAAAAAAUUAUUGUCUCAAGCUAAGGUGGUAUAUCAAGUAUUCAAGGCUGCUAAAUCCAUCAAUGAGAAUGUUUUGCUUGAAAUGCCUUUGCCUAGUUUUAUCAGGGAUGCACUUCCCAAGUCUGGAAAGGCAAGUCUUGGUGAGGAAUUGUACAAGGUCUUGACCGAAGAAUCAAGCUGCAUUGCGGAAAUGCCAAAUUUACUGAAUUUAAAAUCUGAACAUAGUGUGCUCGAGGCCAUCAACAGGUUAGAAGCUGCACUGUUUGCUUGGAAAGAAAGAAUUACAGAUCAAGUAACUGGUAAAUCACCUGUCCGCACAUCAUGGUCCUUCAUUAAAGAUCCCUUAUCUGAGCUGGACAAGACAGAGUUACUAUUGGAACGAGCCGAAGCCCUUAUACAGUAUCUCAAGACCAAAUAUCCUAACCUUCCUCAAGCUUUUCUUGAGGCCACAAAAAUCCAAUAUGGCCAGGAUGUUGGGCAUUCAAUACUCGAAGCAUACUCUCGAGUUCUCGGAAACUUGGCAUUCGGCAUACUGUUGAGGAUUGGAGAUAUUCUGCAAGAGGAUGCUCUGAGCAAUCCCAAUUCACCUGUGGCAAAAUAUUAUCUUCCAGGAUCAAAAACAAAUGCAGCAGACUUAGAGAUGCCGUGGCUUAGUCUAUGCGUAAGGCACUUGCACGUCGAUCAGAUGAACAUGGUAGAUGGAAAAUUGCAUGGUUUUGAUGCAAGUAGUCAUAAUUCUUCAGAAUUUUCAUCCAAUGAAGCCAAAACAAACUCCCAGAGUGCUUCACCAAGUUUGAGUCGAGUUUGGUGUAUCAGUAAAGAGGCUUGUAUAGGUUCGUCCCCCCGAAAUUCUCCUUGAUUAAGAAGAGUGAGCUGCUGUAAUAGUGCCUCUUUUUUGUAAAUGCUAUGACCAUAUAUUAUUCUUAGUGAGUACAGAUACAACUAAUAUUUGUGGCUUGCCUUAGAGAGUAGAUAUGUUACUGGAAAAGUAAUAAUUUAUGCGUUUCUCUGUGGUUAUAAUA